GCGAGUACUGGCCGACAUGCCUUGACAUGUUCUUCCCUGGCUGAGAGCUAGUCCGUAUCCACGUGUCCGCAAGCUGUCAUUUCCACAGGCAUGAAAAGACCGAAUGUCAGCGACUGUGGAGGGACCGGAAGCGGAGGGGAAACGCUUCGGAAGAGCCCCUUGCCUGUAUCCCGGAGCACUGCGUGCCAUUUUGCCUCCCCUUCCCUUGAGGCAGACACACAGGGAAUAAUGGGCCCUGCCAAGAAGAGAACUCCAAGCAAGAUUCAGAGGGUGGCGCGUCACAAGGAAGCACUGAGGAAGAUGACAGUUCUGAAGAGGAAGAGGAGAGACCUGUGCUUAAUGCUCAGGGGCCAGAGAGAGACAGGACAUGAGAUGGGGUCAGACCCUGCUGGGAAAGCCAGCAAGAGGGUGAGGACCGCAGCCGGUGAGCAGUGGGAGCUGGACAGCGGGUUCUCUUCGGAGGUCAGCCCCCCCACCAGCGGCCGCAGCUCCCCGUGUGCUGGGAUUGGACCGGCUCAGCUGGUGGCUAUGGACUGCGAGAUGGUCGGCACGGGGCACGAGGGCCGCUGCAGUGAGCUGGCCCGAUGUAGCCUGGUGAAUUACCACGGCGAAGUCCUGUAUGACCAGUAUGUCCAGCCCCUGCUACCCGUCACCGACUACCGCACCCGCUGGAGUGGCAUCUACCCACAUCACCUGCUGCAUGCUGUGCCCUUCCAGCAGGCCAGGAAAGAGAUACUACAGAUUCUGAAGGGGAAGGUUCUGGUCGGUCAUGCCUUACACAAUGACUUCCGGGCGCUGGGCUUCAUUCCCCCCAGUCACAUGAUCCGGGACACCUGCUGCACACGUCUGCUCAGACAGCUAUCUGGCAUGCCGGCUAGGGGCAGCAUCUCACUGAAGAACCUGGCCAAGACCCUGCUCAACAGGAACAUCCAGAUGGGUAAAGGGGGGCACAGUUCGGUGGAGGAUGCAAUGGCUUCAAUGGACCUGUACAAACUGGUAGAGGGGCAGUGGGAGCAGGACAUCCUGAAUAAAGGCCAGAACCUGAACGCUUGCCCAUCCCCUGAGCCAGAGUCCUCCGCCAGUCACUACAUGCAGGACCAGUACUGGCCAGCAGACCUGACAGAAGACUGAAGAGCCAAUGGUUGCUAAGCAGCUGUGCCAACCUCAGCUGCUUAGCACCCAAGAGCUAGCGUUCGUGGUACAGGAGGACGAUAGCUCAUAACAGACCCUGGUUCAUCACCGAGGGAAUGUGGGGAGCUGUUGUUAGGACUGUGUGGGAAGAUGGUGCUUUUCUCAUCAGAGAUGAGAAUGAUUAUCAUGCUACACUCAAAAGCUGUGAUUUGGUACAAGCCUUUGUGCUGAAAUUGUUGAACUCACCACUUAAGCAUUUGGGUGAUAUGAGCACUAAGUAGACCUGCGUAGCACCCUGGGAAAUGUGAUUGCCACAGCUGUGGGGGACGCUGAUAAGUAGGAACAUGAAUAUUAUUAUUUACAUACCUCAAGUGCAGAUGUGAUGGUCUGUGAUGUCACUGAACUGCAGCAUGUUGCUGUGAUGCCUAAAGCUGCAGAUUUGGAUUGUGAGUCAUUUUUCUCAUGUGUGAUAACUUAAACAUUAUUUAAUAUAGUAAGAUGUAAUUGUCCAUUGCUAGUGGAAAGGAGGAGGUGACUUCACCCACAAGUCGGGGUAGAAUCUGUGAUUAAAUGACAGAUGUGCUCCUUUAAAAUAUGAAACAUGUCUGCAGUGUUCUGCCAGUCUGUUAAUAAAGGGUUUAUUAAACUGA